GAAAUAGUUGAUUGUCUUAAAAUGCUAAUCUUACGGUCAUUUUCAAAUUCAGCACAUCAUACGCCCUCAAUCUGUGUCAAAUGGUUUGUUCUCUUCCUCUUUCAUAUGACCAAGCAAAACCAAGUGGACGGUCCUUCCGAUUUUUUAAGAUUGAUACCCGAAGCAGAGUGGCAGGUGAUCGAGCCUGGUUCAUGGCUAACGCUGACUUGCAUUUCCAAACUAAAUAGUUCCUCGUGGUUGCUACCGCAUUAUUUCAACAACAAACGGACGAAAGUGAGUAAUAAUCGUGUACUCAAAACCUCUGACAAGAACCAAACGCAUUUUCUUUCGACAUUAACUUUGAGAAAUGCAACGAUCGCAGACAUCGGCAGUUACGGUUGUGCUUUGCACAAGAGAUAUAGGAAAUCAAUUAUCAGAAAACAAUACGUCUACGUUUCUACUGACAGAGAUCUCGUGUUCCUCGACCGAACGUCAUGGAACUCCAAAUACGGAUUCCAUUUGGGUGCACUUCAGUUAGAUAUCCCACAACAUCGCCCUGGAAUAAUUCCUUGCCUGCCUACCCACCCGAAUGUCACUAUUUCGCUUGUACACGAAACCAGCAUAAUCAACGAUUCUGAAUUCGAAAAGAAGAAUAUAAUAAUCUCAAUGCCCAAUUCCAGUUGGUCGUUCGAUCCAGAUCGUGGACUCACGCUAAAUAAUUCAAAGCUAAGCGACGCCGGAGAGUAUUUUUGUGUGGGAUCAAAAGGCAAUAUCACGCAAAAGAAAAUGUUUGCAUUGAAUGUCAUGGGAAUAGAACUUGAUAGGGUGGGCGAUCCUAGUGAUCUACGUGAAGGUGAAAACGUCACAUUUGUUUGUCGUUACAUAGGCCAAAAUCCUGCUACGCUGCAUUGGUUCUACCGAAACAGUGGCAGUGGGAAAAUCCAAAUUAUACGUACAAAAAACCACACAAAAGACUAUGAAAUAGAGAUGUAUUAUAAAACUACGGAGAGGUUUUUUGGUGGCUUUCACACGCUAAGUUAUUUGCGUGUCUUCGGAAUUCAUCUGAACACGGCUUUAGCAUUUCGAUGUAUAAGCCAGUUUCGGCAUACAGCCGUAUCAGCCGAAAUUUCUUUUCGAGUCUUGGAAGCAAUUAGCGAUCCCCUGGAUAACUUGGUCAUAAUAGAAAAAGAUACAGCUCAGAAUCUAACAUGCAGACGGCCGCCAAUCAAAGAUCACAUCCAAUGGCUCAAGGACGGACUAUCAUUUGACUCAGAUCAAAUAUUUUUGACACACAAUUUCUCCAUAGUGUCGCUUAACGGAACUCGGGAAGAAAUCGGUACGUACACGUGUCAAUGGGAAAACAGCAUAGGUGAAGUGCGGUAUAGAAAUUUUACCGUGGACUUCUUCAAUGACACGCCGACGGAAAACCUGAACAAGACGACCAUCCUCCUAACUAUUAUUUUAUCGGUUUUAUUUCUGAUUGGAGUUGGGAUCGGCAUUAAACUCUGUUUGGAUCGGAAGAAAAAAUCUUUCAUAGGCGCAGAAGAAUUACUAAAUGGAACGACCAGUGAAAUGAAUGACGACAUUCCGCCGGAAUAUCGAAUUGAAUUUUUACCCUACGACAAACAAUGGGAAUUUCCGAGACAUCGCCUCAAACUUGGGAAUCAACUGGGAGCUGGAUGUUUCGGUCGGGUUGUGAAAGCCAAAGCUGUUGGACUAAAAGACUCGGAUAAAACUGUUAAAACGGUGGCAGUUAAAAUGAUUCGAUCCGCAACUAACGCUGCCGCAAUGGAAGCUCUAAUCAGAGAGUUGAAAAUCUUGAUCUACCUUGGAUCGCACACUAAUGUUGUCAAUUUAUUGGGAGCCUGCACAAAAAGUGCAUCCAGAGGUGAACUCUUACUCAUCAUUGAUUAUUGUCGAUUCGGAAAUGUGCAAACCUAUUUGAAGAACUGCAGGGGCAAUUUUAUCAAUCAAAUCGACAAACAAGGUCAGCUGAAAAGCGAAAUGGAAGUCCAAUCGACGGGCGUGUCAGAUUGCAUUUCUUUCGACACAAAUCAUACUGCAACUUCAUCUCAAUCUAUCUCUGAUCGAUUGUACCCACCACCAUUCUCGCAACAAGAUCCAAAUUCUACUUCAAAUCAAUGCAUUUCUACAAGGGAUUUAAUAUCCUGGUCUUAUCAAAUAGUUCGAGGAAUGGAUUAUUUAGCCAGCAAAAAGGUAAUUCACGGAGAUUUAGCUGCUCGUAAUAUUCUGUUGGCCGACAAGGGAGUGGUCAAAGUAUCAGAUUUCGGAAUGGCCAAGAAAAUGUACUACAAAACCAAUUAUGUGAAAAAAGGGCAGUUCUUGAUGCCAGUCAAAUGGAUGGCCAUCGAAUCGUUGACGGAGAAUUCAUUUUCAAGCCAAUCGGACGUUUGGUCGUACGGUGUCCUUUUAUGGGAACUUUUUUCGCUUGGCCAAGUGCCCUACCCAGGAAUGGAUGUUGCUCACGUUCUCGUGAAGGAAAUACGGAAAGGAUAUCGCAUGGGAAAACCUGAUUUCGCACCAAAUAUUUUUGGAAACAUAAUGGCAGAUUGUUGGAAAACGAAACCGGACGAGAGACCAACAUUUGGUCAGUUAGAUGAAUUGAUCAUAGGGCAGUUGGAAUCGUCUGUUCUAGCUAUUUAUUUGAAUAUGAACGAUCAAUGUGGAAAAAUUGAUGAAGAAAGCGGUACAACCACCAAUCGCAAUGUGCUGGUGGAAAGUGUGGACAGGACUAGUAUGGAAAAAUAAAUACGACUAACUACAAUCUAGCAAUAAAAAAAUGUCUUUGGCCAAGAAAUGACAUUCAUGAGCAGGGGGUACAAGAAUGUGAUUGGAUUGUUGAACCCAAACUUGCUCUGCCCAUGCUGAUGAACGUUUUGCCAUAUUUAGCUUUUAGUUCUUUUUUAAAACGAGCGAUACGACGACGAUAAUUUGAGACGAAAGAAGUUCUUGCCUUUCUAACAACAACAUUCUUCGCCACUCAAAGACUCAAAAGUCGUCGGAGGAAAAACAAGUUGUUCUGACAAAAAUUUGCCUGUGAAAGACACGCUCUGCUUGACAGCCUUUCCUUCCGUUUCUGUCCAUCUUUGUUGCCAUCGUUCAAAUGAAAUUGUCACAGGAAAAGAAUCUCACCUUACGUUCUCAUUUAUUUCCCAGCCAUCAAUGGCGUUGACUAGUUUCUGACGUUGGCAAUCGUCGCGAGACGCUGAAUUUCGUGAUGGGCCAUUUCCACUUGUCGUCUAAUGCAGUCCUGUGUCAUCUCUGCCAAUUGAGUAUAACUGAAAACUACACAAGUUACAGAUACUGUU